UGGAAUAGCCGCGCGGCGGGGCUGGCUAUGGCGGGCAUGAGCGAUGUCGCUGUGGCGCUCGGAAUCUCGGUGCCGGUGCUCAGAUUUCUCGUCUUCUUCUUCUCCACGAUUCCAAUCGGCUGGCUAUGGCGCCUCAUGCCCAACCCUACGGCGCGGCAUCUCUACUCGGCGAUCACAGGGAUGCUCGUCUCGCAUCUGGCAUUCGGCCCCGGCGCCAAUGCGCUCUUCGUUUUCCCCCUUGUCGUCACGUACGCUAGCAUGGUAAUCCAUCGCCCGAGCUGUGGGAUCGUGAGCUUCGUCCUGGAUUUCGCAUUCCUUAUUUCCUGCCACGUCUACUACAUGAGUGGCGAUGCGUGGAAGGAGGGAGGCAUCGAUUCGACUGGAGCUUUGAUGGUCCUCACGCUCAAGCUCGUCUCCUGCGCAAUGUGCUACCAGGAUGGGCUUCUCGAGGAGGAGAAGCUGCGAAGAACGCAAAAGCGCAACCGGCUCGUGCGACGUCCCUCAGUGCUCGAGUAUCUCGGCUACUGCUUUUGCUGUGGAACACACUUGGCUGGGCCGGUCUACGAGAUGAAAGACUACAUCGACUGGAGCGAAGAACAAGGGCUAUGGAAGUUUUCCGAAGGAAACGCUCCAUCGCCAUACCGCGACACUCUCCGAGUUCUACUCAAGGCCCUCUUUUGCAUGGGCAUGUACAUGCUGCUCAUCCCUCGCGUCCGCUUCACGCGAAUCCUCGAGCCGGAGUUCAUGCAGUGGAAAUUCUGGGCGCGCUGGUUCUACAUGUGGCUGUGUGGCUUCUCCGCGAGAUGGAAGUACUACUUCAUAUGGUCCAUCUCGGAGGCCUCGCUCAUCAUCUCCGGCCUGGGGUUUAGCGGCUGGUCCAGCUCCCAGCCCCCCAGGCCGCGGUGGGAUCAAGCUCUCAACGUAGAUAUCCCGGGAGUGGAGCUCGCAGGCAGCGCCGCCGAGGUCCCGUCCAAGUGGAACAUUCACAUCAGCACCUGGUUAAGACAUUAUGUUUACGAGAGGCUGGUACCACCGGGGAAGAAGGCUGGCUUUCAGCAGCUGCUAGCAACUCAAGUUGUCAGCGCUGUGUGGCAUGGUCUCUAUGCCGGGUAUAUCAUGUUCUUCGUCCAUACCGCUGUUCUCAUCUCUGGCUCGAGAGCGCUAUAUAGAUGGCAAAAGGCCAUACCCGACCACCUCUCUUUCCUCCGGCCUCUAGCGUGGUUUCUAAACUUCGCUUACACGUUGCUGGUUCUCAACUAUGCCUGCAUUGGAUUCCUGGUUUUAGACGCGAGGGACACAUUCACUGCGUACAAAAGCGUCUAUUUCGCUGGAACGCUUCUUCCAAUCGCUUUGACAGCCAUCGGCACGGUGAUAAAACCUCGCAAAACUCGCGUCCAGUGAUUUCUUCCAAAGUUAAAAGACUUAAGAGAAAGAACAUUUCAGUCCUUCUCCAAGGGCCUCAUGAACCAGCCAUAAACCCAAAUUAUUUGUUUUUGUCUCCUUGAUAUUACAUGGCUCAUGACACUGUUCGUCCGUAACAAACAGCUGCUAUAUAGAGAUUCUUAGCCCACU